AUGUUUUUCGGCAAAACUACCGGGAAAAAGAAGACUGGAGAGCAAGGCUCUAGUCAAAAUGAGAUCCCUAAUAUGGCCCAGUGCUUGGCUGCCAAUCGAAGCAAACGCGACAACGAGCAUAUAAAUGCGAUGACCUUUCAAGAUGAAUACUAUCGGGACCGUCUGCGAAAUAUGCAGGCCACCUACAAAGUUAAGCUAGACAGUUUCCCUGGUCUAGGUUACAUUUCACGCAUCAAACUGAUCUGGGACCAUGAUCGUCUCUUGGGUACUUUUGAAUUGGACGUUUUCAAAGGUUCUUUACUUAUUGAUCCUGGUCCUAGUCAAGAGCACUUCAAGGCAGAUAUUGAAUACUCAAAGUUCCACGAGGCACGAGCAAAAGAUAAGGAAUCGAGUGAAGAGUCUGGAGACGAUAAUGAUGACGCAGAUGAUGGAGAUGAUGAGAUUGCUACUACUCGAGAGUAUCGUUUCAAAUGGCGUGGCAUAAAUUCAAAGAUACCACACAAGACUUUCAAUUCUUCCUUUACUGUCGGCAAGAUUCGAUUUGGCAAUGGCAAGAUUUGGGGACACUUUGACGCAAUGUCUGGUGUUGGCUUUCCAGGUAGUCGUUGUGAAUUUCAUGGCAAGAUACCUCACGGUCCUUGUCUUGUGGAUAUGUCUAUUCAACAGUUUCUUGAUAAAUGGAAUGGAUAUGCGGAGAUUGAGGAGGAUGAAGAGCCACGAUCUCCUACUCCAAGAUCUACAAUGACAAGGUCACACACUGAACGUGAUGGUGCUGGUUCAACACCUUCACCAAAGGGUGAUACAUCACGGGUUGAGGAAUGGACAGAGGAUGAUCAACAGAGUUUUGUUGAUAUGAUUACAGGUAUUUAUGAUAUCACUAGUAGGGAGAUAGAAGAGGAUUGGUCGUCAAAGUCGAAGGGUUUGAUGGUUCGUCUUCACGUGGACCAGCAACAGGGAAAAGUGAUGGGAUUUUUUGACAUCGGAAUAGUUGAGGGUUUCUUCUGCUUGGAUGAUGGACUCGAAGACCUCACACACAACGAUUCAAUGGGUUUCACAUGGCACGGAAAGGGAACAUUCUCUGGAUCAUCUGAGAAAGGCACUGGUACGAUUAGCAUUCGAGCACGAGGAGGCAGAACAGUAGAAGGUAUAUUUUGGGGUAUGCCUGAUAAGAAUGAUGGCGAGAUAGAUUUCCGUGGUACAAAGCGAGUUCUCCCAAUGGGAGUUUCGGGUCGUGGUGCGGGCUAUUAUCGUACGCAAUGGGCAGAGUAUUCGCGUUUUGGACUGGAUGUUCCACAGCCAACUCCUCACAAAGGACGAUGGGGAGUCAGACAGGAGCUUGCUAAGAGAGUGAGCUGGAACCGCUCUGGGGAUUCUGCCAAAGAGAGUGGUGCUCUGAAGAAAGUCUCUGGAUGA